AUGGCGGCCAUUCUCGACGACAAGUCCCCGAUCUGCAUCCCCUUCAUCCUCGAGCACCUCGCCGACCACCUCGCCGCCGAGGGCCCCGACAAGGCGCGCCCCUUCCUCAUCGGCCUCAACGGCGUCCAGGGCGUCGGCAAGACGACCCUCGUCCGCUCCCUCGCCGACGCCCUCGCCGCCGAAGCCCACCCGGCCCUCGUCCUCUCCAUCGACGACCUCUACCUGCCGCACGCCGCGCAGCGCGCCCUCGCCGCCGCCCACCCCGACAACGCCCUGCUCCAGCAGCGCGGCGAGCCCGGCACCCACGACAUCCCCCUGGCGCGCGCCUUCCUCGCCGACGUCCUCGCCCGCCGCCCCGCCCGCGUCCCGGCCUACGACAAGGCCGCCUUUGACGGCAAGGGCGACCGCGCCCCGGAAGACACCUGGAUCGCCAUCAACAGUCAAGGGACGGGUCCUGCCGGCACGCCGCCGUCGCCGUCGCCGUCGCCGUCGCCGUCACCGCGCAUCGACGUCGUCAUCGUCGAGGGCUGGUGCGUCGGCUUCCGCGCCCUGCCCGACGCCGAGGUCGAGGCCCGCUGGCGCGGGCCCUCGCGCACCCUGGCCAAGCACAAGCUCGAGCACCUCCUCUUCGUCAACGACCGCCUGCGCGAGUACGACGCCAUCACCGACCUGCUCGACGUCUUUGUCCACAUUGACGCCGAGGACACGUCCUACGCCUACGACUGGCGCGCCCAGCAGGAGGUCGCCCUGCGCGCCGAGCGCGGCGCCGGCAUGACCCCCGACGAGGUCGUCAAGUUUGUCGACGGCUACUACCCCGCCUACGAGCUCUACGCCGACGCCCUGCGCAGGGGCGUCUUCCCGGACCGCCCCGAGAAGCAGGUCAGGAUGGUGGUCGGCAAGGACAGGAAGGUCAAGGAGACGCACAUCAUCUAG